AUGAUCGUGUUACAGCCAUCAUCCAGUGUUUGUUAUCCAUUAAACCUGCCUAUCGCGCCCGGACCGCAUCUUGAUGAAGCAACAAGAAAGAAACUCACAUUGGAGUGCAGGACCGGUGCUGCUGUAGAACUAGCCCGUUCAGGUGUAUUCGUACAUGGCGGUCUCACACUGCCUCUAAAUCUGACAGUUAUAAACUCACUGCAAUUGCAAAAAGAAUUAAUAUUGUAUUUUGGCAAGCAUAAAAAUAGAAAUAUAGAUUUUAAAACAUUAGCUGAUUGGAUAAGCCCUGAGAUAUUCUUCCUCGAUUUGAUUUCAAGAACAUGGCAAAGAGUAUUAACCACAAUAGAUACAACUACAGGAGGCGACUCGAAUAAAGACCUGCACUUCAAAGAGAGGUUGCUCCAUUCGAUGUGCUUUACAGAAUCAAACAUCUAUAUUUUUGGUGGGCUCAUAGUAUCACCCCAAAAUGGCUAUGAACUGGUAGGGACAAACGAAUUAUGGAGGCUAGAUCUCAAGACAAAGUGUUGGUCUUUGGUAAGUAAAAACCCUCAAAUAACAAGACGCUUUAAUCAUAACAUGCACAUCCUAAACGAAAACAACGAAAACCAAGAUACAAAGCUAGUUGUAGUAGGUGGGUUGGAUAAUAUGGAUAUUCCAAUAAAAAAAAUCGAUAUAUUUAACCUACGAACAAACACCUGGGAAUCAGAAUCAAAAUCAGAAACGUUACCGGAUUUAAAACGGUCGUCCAAGAUUUGGGUUAACAUUGACGGAAUGCCAAUUUCUUUAUCUCAUGAUUCUAAUUUUUCUGUUUUAAUCGAGAAUAACGAAGCCGAAGUUCCGACGUUAGCAUUAUAUUAUCCUCAAGACACGAAAAAGACAUCCAGGAGGGGAACCAACGAUGACAGCUUUUCGAACUACAUUCAUAGUGUAGAUGAACAAUCAAGCGUACCAAAACAUCCACACCAUGGUCACGGUGAUCUGAGGUACUUUGAAGGGGAAGACGCAGAAAGCGAUUCAAUUAAAACACUAAUGUCACCAAUUGUAAUCUUACCAUUGCUCGCAAAGUCUGAGGGUGCUAGAAUGACAUCGAAUCCUACUCAAAACAACAAAGGAAAUUCUAUCCUGCAAAUACCGUUUCAUUUACAAUAUCCUUCGGGUAGUUACUUCAACUACAAUAUUGUUGUCAUAGGGUUCUAUCCAGACCCUCAUCCCUCAAAUUUGCAUUGUUUUAUUUAUAAUAUUGCUAGUGGCAAAUGGAUUAAAGUAAACAUAAGCUGCACUGAAUGUAGUACGAAUACGCAUAGAUUUUGGAAACUGUUAACCUGGAAAUCACAUCAUCAAGCUUUAUUGCUUGGUACCAAAUCCAACGAUUUUUGUUCACCUAGCGUUCAAAAAUUCGAUCACAUUUUAGCAUUUUCGUUACCAAUGUUAAAUGGGUACAAUAAGUUAAUUAAUGAAAAAAAUAAUGGUACCAAUAAUAGUACAGCCAUCAAUCGCAACCCCAAGUUGAACUUGAGUCUCUAUGACCACCUCCCAUUCCCUACUUCACCAAUAACUGAUCAGGAAUGCUCGCACACCAUAACUAAAGCGCACGCCGCAGAUGACUCUAGGCUCCCAGACUCUGCCUCGAGCGCAACCUCACAAUUUGAAAAUUAUUCUCGCUAUAUCACUGUUCCAUUGGAAAUGGAAUCAACAAGCUCGAUAUUUCCAUCAUAUGCUAUGGUUUUAGGUAAAGAUGCCUUAGAAAUAUUUGGUGAAACGUUAUCCGAUUUUGAAUUCCUUACUGCUGAUGGUGAUUCGAUCGGUGUUCCAGUAUACUUGCUGAGGAAAAGGUGGGGAAGAUAUUUUGAUUCCCUUUUAUCCAAUGGUUACGCCAAUACGUCAUUCAACUAUGAAAUAAAUGGAGACCCUUCUAAUAUUAUUAGUUUUUCUCCUCACCCUGUGUCAAAGGCCGCAAAGUUUGAUUACUCAAACCAAUCGUCUAAUGGAUCCUUGGAAAAACUCUUUUCAAAAAGAGAAAAUAGCAAAUCAAACAGUAAUAUAAACAUUAAAAAACCACAUAGCGUGGAUUUUACAUCAUCAAGGUCCUCACCUAAACAACGGGCCCUUUCGCAUAGCAAAACGUCUCCUUUAGAACCAACAUUCUUAACGAAUGAUGAGGGGAAUAGAGCAAACACACCAAAGCAGGAAGAAAUUGCCAAUAGUGACCUGCAAAACAACAACACUUCCAACAGAAGGCCAAUAUCCACCACUUGUUCUUCCACAGGUAUGGUAUUUAGGGUCCCAUUCCAGGAUAUAAAGAAUUCGAAGUUGGGGCUUUCUGAACAUUCUAGCCACACUACGCGGGCAAACUCUGCUUCACCUCCCCCCGUACGUGAAAAGUCAACAUUCGAUAACACUAGUAAUGAUGUGCUUUCCAAUACACGCCCAUCAUAUCGAGGGGCCUCAACUGUAGGAGCAACUAGAAAUAACUCAAUAGAUGACGUCUUUUCAUCUAUUCGUCGCGCCUCACAUCCUCUUCAAUCUCAUAUCAUGGCGAAAUCUUCGCCCAAUAGCAUAUCAAAUCCCAGCCCAGAGGAAGAGUCUUCGUCGCGUAGAAAAUCGUCUGCAUUAAGGUUCAUAGCUAGUUCACACAAGUCGAGACAACCUUCUUUUGCCUCUACCAAUAGCACUGCUUCUAUUGUAAGUUCCACUUCAGGAAGGAGACGAAACUCAAAUCAAGUCUCUCAUUUGGGAAGUUCAUCAAAUUCAUCUGUUUUGCCUGUGUUAAAUAUUCAGCUACCUCCACAAGAAAAGAUUCCGCUAGAACCGCCGCCGCCGGUUCCGAAUUUACCUUCAAGAAGAAGUAGCUCUUUGGCAGAUUAUGUCCAAUUUAGCAGAGAUAGCCCAAUCGCGUCAAGAGGCUCUUCCCAUUCUACUAGAAAAUCAAGUUCUUCGGAUAUAAGGCGCAUAUCAAACUCCUCUUUACUGAGGAGUACUCUAGAUUCACAAUUACUGAAUAAUUCAUGUGGUAACGAUAUUCCUUAUGAAGCAAGCAUUGAAGAAUAUGGUAUGAUUAAUGGAAGAGGUGAAGAAGAUGACAAAGACAAUGGAGACUAUAACUGUUUUUUACCUUCCAAUAUAAGGCCUGUAUUUUCUACAAUAAAUGCAGUAAGUAUAAACGGUGAUUUUAAGGAAGGUGAGCUUAUUUCUGCAAAGUCGUAUAUAAAUAGCGAAAAGGGUAGACGACUUUCUUAUAUUUCGAACCCUGAAAGUGUUGAAAGUACUAAUUCGAACAACAACGCAAUCAUUGAACUAGAGCCUUUAUUAACGCCCAGAUCGUUAUACAUGCCCUGGUCUACUGCUUCCGUAAGAGCAUUUGCAGAAUUUUUUUACACCGCACGGAUUAAUGGUAAGUGGCUAUUAGCACCAGUGACUUUGGACUUACUCAUUAUGGCCAAAAUUUAUGAAAUUCCUAUUCUAUAUGAAUUGAUUACAGAAGUACUAUACAAAAUAGCCAGCAAAAAGGAAGAAAGUCUUCUUGUUACUUGCGAGGCGUUACUUAAUUUAUUUCAGUCAAAAAUCUCGAGAUAUUGCAAUGAAAAUGAAGGCAAAAUAAGGAGGAUGUUAGAUUCUAAUGAAUCAUAUCAAGAUAUUCUGGAAAUAAAAAAAUCGCUAGUAAACAUAGACAACGGAUACAUUGAUCCAUACCUUUUACGAAACACGUCUAUGGCACAUUCAACAGACGACAGUAAUGUGGAUACCRAAACGACCGAUAUGCACCGUACAAGAGUUUCUAGUUUAGGAUCUCUUGCCAGCAGGGCCGUUCCCACUGUUUUUGCCGGUGGCCCCAGAGACAGCCAUAAUUCUAUUGGUUCAAUUGCUUUUCCUAACAGUUCAAGUGUUCAAAAUUUCCGGCGCUCUGUAUCUUUAUUCAGUCCAACAGCGAAGAAGAAAUCUAGCUUAAGUAAAGAACCAGGCCCGCUAGAUAGCUAUGAUGAAGCUACUGGUGAUAUCCGCAAUGACGAGACGGUAAAGCAACAUUCAAACCUUCCAAGGACAAAUAGCAUCAACCCUUUCAUUCAUAGGACAUCUUUGGAACCCACAAAUAAAUUCCCCAAUGAAAAUGAUGUCGGGAGCAGUUCAGGCAAACCUUUUUACGACAAAAAAGAGCAAAUCGAGCAAACCACGCUUCAGAGCAUAUCAAAUCCAGAUAAAAGUAAGAUUUUUACAUCGCAAAAGGGGAGCAGUAGCGAUGAAAAAGAUUUGCAGGGGUCUAAUGAUGCAUCGAAAAGCAGGGAUACGCAGGGGGUCGGAAGUUCAUCCAAUUUGAAGACAAACACAUUUGUUCGUGAUGAAUUUGAUAGUGACUCGGGCUCCUCCUCUCACUCCGAUUCAGAUGAUCUUGAUUCACAGCUAGGUAUUUUGCCUUUUACAAAAAUGAAUAAAAAACUACAAGAACAGACAUCCCAAGAAUUUGAUGAUUCGAUUGAUCCUCUCUAUAAAAUCAGUUCCAGCACACCAGGCUCUUCGAGAUUACAUGGAUCAUUUUCCAAAUAUAUUAAGCCCCUUUCGCAAAGAGAGGAUGCUCCAGAAUAUAUUAAUAUUUCAAGUUUGGAAAACAUGGUGGCACCAAAUGCAUUGCCACCUGUUGAUUAUGUCAUGAAAUCAAUUUAUAGAGUUUCAGUGUUAGUCAAUGACAAAAACUUGAUGAUACGUACUAAAGAAGCAAUUGGAUUGUCAAAAAUUUUGAAAAGAUUGAAAAAAAAAGUACUGCAAGAUAUUUCACAGAUGGAUGAUGAACUGAGAGAGGCUGGUAAACCAGUGGAUAUUUUCCCACGAGGAUCCUCGUCUCCUACCUUGAGCAGACAGCAUUCUGAUAUUACAGUACUUUCAAGACAACAGGGAAAUGCAAGACCAAGCUUGAAAUUGGCGACAAGUUCCCCAAUUUCAGAAGCAUUCAAGAAGACCUCGAGCAAGUUUAUCCAGCCGGGUUCGGCUCAAAUUUCUCCUAGAACGUCUGUGAGUGAUUAUACUGCAUCUCAACAAAGGAGACAACAUAUGAAUAAGCGAUUUAGUACCCAGACGACACACUCUACAUCCGCUUUAUUCAUGAACCCUGCAAUCAUGCCCCCUGCAGUAAAUGCUGGGCAUAGGGAGAGUGAAGGAGAGAAUGGGGAAGGGUUUGCUUCCACUACCAAAAAUAACAAAAAGGAAGACGCAGCUUCAAUUGAUAAAGAUAAUAGCGGAGCCUUGUUUCCCUUUUUUGGCAAACGAAAGUAA